UUGUUGUGUUUCGUAUCUGCACACUGUGGUGAGUCUCCAGUGUCAGUCAACCCUGGCAAUUCCCUCUUUUAAAUUACCCAGCCUAUUUCUUCUGGAUCGAAACUCCAAGGCCAGUUAAUCGUUGGUGUCAUUGUACAAGGGAAUAAGUUGAUCCCUUUCCGCUAAUCGUUUCAUGUUUUUGUCGUUCAGUUUUUUCUCCUAGAUUCGCACACGUUUAUGUAACUGACACGUGAUGAAUGUGAUUAACAUUUGAAUUACGAAGAAACCUACUUUUUUAUUGGGCCAUUCUCCGUGUGACGUGGACGAUUAAUAGUCCAUCGAUCACUGUGGGAAACGUUUUCUUUUUUGAUUUGGAGGGUUGUCUGGAACUUAUGUUUCUUUGUUUUCUGUGAACAUUUCUGGGUUGUUGAUUCGAUUUUAAGCGACGACACAGUUCUGCGUGGUUCUGCCUGAAUCAGUCUGGUGUGGAGUUGGAUUUUGGCAGGGGUUUCUGGGGUGGUGUGGCCAUGUCGGGAGAUGUUGCUGCGGGAAAUGGCCGAGCCAUGGUUGUUGUUCGACCACAGAAAGUCUCGGCCGACAAAACCGUGGUGCAGAGUGUGGUGGACUUCAUCAACGACGUGCUUCCUCAGGGAAAUGUGCCUCAUAAAGCCAACGACAAAGAGAGCAUCAUCUGGAUCAAGAUUGAACAGCCCGAGCGUUUAGGCGAUAUUGCGGACACGCAUCUGCCGUUCUAUCUGAUCUUCGGCUACACCAACGGCGUCCAGAUCUGGGCCAUCGAGGCGCACGGCGAGGCUUGGGAAGUCUAUUCCUCCCGGCAUGGUCCCGUGAGGACGCUGCGGUUGCUGCCGCUGCCGGAAGAAGUUUUAGGCUCGGCGGAUAACUUUGCGGAGAAACGGCCUCUGAUGGCCAUCUGCGACAGUGCUCAAUCCAAUAGUCAGCCCUUUACAUCCGUCAGUAUUAUUUCCCUGCAGAGCGGUAAACCUGUACAUAAUCUAAAGUAUCGGACGGCCGUCGAAGAAAUUUAUUGCAACCAAAGAGUUCUUAUCGUUACGUUUCCCGAUCGGUUUGUUGUUAUUGAUGCCUGCACAUUUAAGGAUCGUCUUAUUGUUCCUGCUUCGUUUCCUGUCCAUUUAGUGUCGCCGAACCCGGUGGCCCUUGGCAAACGCUGGGUUGCCUACUCGGAAAGCAAACUGCAUGAUAUGUACCAUUCCCUGGGCGGACGGAUGAUCGACGGUGUACCGUCUUACACAGCCUCGGUUAUCAGCGCUGCUAAGACCAUCCAGCAGGGCAUCACCAACAUCAGCGAAGUGGUGGCCAACAGUAUCUCCGGGACGAAGAAGUUCACCACCACGUCCUCCUUCGCCAACACCGCACCGGAAGGCAAACAGGAGGGUGUGGUCACCGUGCUGGACAUUGAGGCCGCCGGUGACGGGGAGGUGUCGUUGGAGAAGGGCGGCGUGAAUCGGACGGGCGUGGUGGCGCACUUCCUGGCCCAUUCCUCGUCCAACGUGGCGGCGCUGGCGUUCAGUGUGGACGGGAGUCUGCUGCUGACCGCCUCGCAGACCGGCCAGCACUUCCAUCUCUUCCGCAUCCAGCCGCACCCGGCCGGCUCCUCCAUGACGCUGGUGCAGCAUCUGUACACGCUGCACCGCGGCGACACCAACGCCACGGUGCAGGACAUGGCCUUCUCCCUGGACAGCCGCUGGGUGGCCGUCACCAGUCUGCGCGCCACCACCCAUGUCUUUCCCAUUACGCCCUACGGUGGACCAAUUACCUGCCGCACGCAUUCAUCCGCCCGUGUGGUCAACAAGAGCUCUCGUUUCAUGAAGAGCGCCGGCCUGGACGAACUGGAACCAGCAGUGGCCAGUGUCAACGGCAGCCCGGCCACCGCCACAGCCUCGGCCACCGCGGUGGUGGGCAGCACAUCGCCGCGUUUCGCCGAUACCACGCGCGUGCAGGUGCAGGCGCCGCCCACCGUGGCCGCCUACACCACCCCGUCGUCGUCGUCCGCCCAGCGGGUGCCGCACUUCCGCUCCCCGGUCAUCGUCCAGCCGCUCAUCCAGAUUAAGCACAUGGGCCCCUCCAAGGCGCCGGGCAAUCUGACCAGUGGCCGGCAGCCGGCCGUCGUCAACGAGACGGUCAAGGUGGCCGCGUGCUUUGCGGCCCGCCGUUCUCGGAGUACCAACGAGCCGCAGGCAGUGUGUGAUGCACUGCUGAUUGCCACUUCGCAUGGCGCCUUGGUGGAAUACUCCCUGCAGCCGGUGGUGCCGAACGGUCCCGGUGAGAGAAUCUCCAGUGAGACGCCGGUGGGAUUAAGUAUCCAUGCACAGUCGCAGUGGGUUCUCAACAGGCAUCUAGGCCACCCGGAAUUCCUCCCGGCCAACUUCACGGCCAGUCAUCCGCUGCUGAACAGCCCGGCGCUGUCGGCCGACCAGGCCAGCCACAAGCCGGACCCGGAACCCAGCCGCUUCCUGGAGAUGCAGCUGACGGAGAAGAUCGUCAAUCUGGCCGCGGCCAGCGACAACGAAAUGUGGCUGUCGCAGGUGGAGAUCGUCACCAAUGCCGGUCCGGCGCGCCGGCUGUGGAUGGGACCGCAGUUCCACUUCACGCCGUCCACCUCGCCCGGCUGCUCCACCAGUAUCCCGCUGAGUAGUCUGGCGCAGGCCGAGAUCAUGCGCACCGGCUCCGACUGGGAUCUCAGCGAUCUAAAAUUGGCCAACAUGCGGAUACGUUCGGCGCCGAUGAAUCUUCCGAGUGCCUCCGGCAGCAAUUACUCGCUGACCAUCGAAGCCGGCUCAGGCGCUUUCGAUAAAGCUGUGUUUCCAGAGUACCUGACCAGGGAUUCCAGCAGUGCCGACGAUCUGCACCGUGUGUCGGAGAUCGCCGAUGCCAUGCUGGAUGUGACUGGACGCGACGCCAUCGACGGGAUCCACACGCGCUUCCGCGGUGGCGGGGAUGUGGAUGAGAGUCCGGAGGACUUGAGUGUGAGCUCAGCGGAGUCCACACACAGCGGGGGACACGGCAGCGGUCUCCCGCACCCGGCGGCCGUCCUCCUGGGCCCCAACGGGUCCCUGCUGCCCCUGGCCAAUGAUUUCGACAAUGUCUUCCCCUUGGCCAACGAUGCGUAGCCGGAUCUUGCUUUGUAGCUGUUGAAUUAGAGCGCAUUCGGUGUUGUUCAGUGCGUUCGUACUGCGUGUCGAAAGUUUUGUCCAAGGAUUUCUAAUCUGUUAACAUGGCGAACACGAAGAGGAUGCUUGAUACUGAUGUUUGACAAAAAAGACUGGGUGUUUUUGGCGUUCGCGACUGUUUUCUUGCGGCUGUGCAACGAUCAGAGGUCGCUGAAGUCGCUGUCGUUCCGCGAUUUCGAGAUUCAAAGGUCACUGGAGAAAACCAGACAUUUCCGAUUGUAUAACGUGCUCCCCCUGGUGGACGUGGUGCCAGUGCAAAAUACAUAGUCCA